AAAAUCAUAUGUAAAAAAUAAUUGACGCUGAAAGGUUUGACGCUGUCAAAUUUGGCUGAAGAUGUAAGCGCUGUCAAUACAGCAUUUGUUUUUAAUUUUAUAAAGAUGAGCGGCUCCAUCGAGAAGAAAAUUAAAAUUAACAAAAAAGCAAAACACCAAACACGCGAUGAAUUAGAAAAAUUAAGCAAAACAGAGUUAAUUGAUAAAAUAAUUCAGCUUCAGGCACAUAACUUUCAACUAAAAAAUAUUCUGCAAAAGAAACUUAGUGAAAAGGAUCGGCAAGAUGAGGAAUACAUUAAUAUAUUUAAAGCAUCUGACUCAGAGGAGAAAAAACAACAAGAGAACUUGGAAAAAGAUGCAUCCACUAAUGCCGGUACUACCCAAGCUAAAGUUGCUGAUAUAAACAAAAAAAGGCAAUUUGAUUUCAAUAAAUGUCAUAAAAGGCACGUGCUUAUUAAAUUACUUUAUUUUGGGUGGGACUAUCAAGGCUUUGCAAUACAGGAAGACACAAAUGAUACAAUUGAGUUCCACCUCUUCAAAGCACUUACACGUUGCUGUCUUAUUGAGUCACGCACGACAUCAAAUUAUCAUCGCUGUGGCCGUACAGACAAAGAAGUUAGUGCUUUUUGUCAAGUGAUUUCCAUUGACUUGCGUAGCAAGUUUUCAGAAGACGAACAACUACAACCACAUGCUUUAAAAGAUGAAAUUGAUUAUUGUGGGUUAUUAAACCGUAUUUUGCCUAGAAAUAUACAGUGUGUAGCAUGGAUGCCACUUAAAAAAAGUUCGUUUAGUGCACGUUUCGACUGCAUUGAGCGCACAUACCGUUACUACUUCCCAAAGGGUGAUUUGAACAUCGAGACUAUGCGUGCAGGAUGCAAAUUAUUAGAACGUCAUACUGACUUUCGAAACUUCUGCAAAAUGGAUGUACAUAAUGGAGUUACAAAUUAUACACGUAAUCUUAAAAAGGCUGACAUACAUUUAUGUCCAAAUGAAACAGAUAAUAAUAGAGGCUAUACAAUGUACUAUUUGGAAAUAGAGGCCAAUGCAUUUUUGUGGCAUCAAAUACGCUGUAUUAUGGCUGUGCUCUUAUUGAUCGGGCAAAAUAAAGAAAAAAUUCACGUCAUAGAUGACUUACUGAAUAUAGAAACUAAUCCUUGCAAACCACAGUAUACGCCAGCAAGUGGCUUACCUUUAAACCUUUUCAAUUGUAAAUUUAAUAAUGAUAGUGAGAACGCUGAAACAAAAGAAGAUAAACUUCAAGUGGAAGUAGAACGUGAUACGAAUCUUGAACAUUGGAUUUAUGAUCCAAAAAAUUUAGAGAGAGUUCUGGAAAACGUACAAAGUGAAUGGACUAAAGCUACUAUAAAGAGUACUAUGAUAAGAAAUGUGCUACAUUGUUUAGAGACUAAUGCUGGGGACUCAUUUCAAUUGAAUGUCAGAUCCCAGAUACUACUGUUGCAAGACUCAGUCAAGCCGAAACAAUAUAUUCCCUUAUUAGAGAGACAACGUUGUGAGAGUUUGCGGAAUCGUAUCAAGCAUUAUGUUAAAAAACAACGUCUGCUUGUAAAAGAAGACGGAGAAAGUGAGGUGAAAAAGUGUCUGAUGGAAGAAAAUUGAUAGACUACACAUAAAUGUCUCUAAUUAAAUACGUAUGCGCUAACUAGUUAUAUAGUUAAUACAUAUCUUUUCAAAGAAUUAUUUUUUUCUGAUAUGCAUAUAUUCUGAAUAUAUGCUUAAUACUGUGAACUAGUAUUUAAUAGAAUAUUUAAAUUAAUAAACAAAU